GAAGCUCCUAUACAUCAUAUUUAAAAAAGGUGAUUAUUUUUAUUGAGACCGAGAUGUUCUGCUUGCUCUCCAGCAAAGAAGAACAAUGGCUGAGUGGACCAAUCAUUAACUUGUGAAGUCUGGAAAACACAGAUGAUGGCACCAUGUGUGAAGCAUCUCCUAAGCUGCAAGGACUUUUUAAUUUUGGUUUUAACCCCUCUACUGCUGCUGCCACUUCCACUCCUCAUUGAAACCAAGGAGGCUAGUUGUGCUUACAUCAUUAUCCUCAUGGCCGUGUACUGGUGUACAGAGGUUAUACCGCUUGCUGUUACUGCUCUGCUACCUGUUCUCCUCUUUCCAAUGUUUGGAAUUCUCGAAUCCAAAAAGGUGUGCAUGCAGUACCUGAAGGAUACUAACAUGCUGUUUGUUGGUGGUCUGAUCGUGGCUGUUGCUGUGGAACAUUGGAAUUUACACAAGCGUAUUGCACUGAGGGUUCUGCUCAUUGUUGGAGUGAGACCACCCUUGCUCAUGAUGGGUUUCAUGGGGGUAACUGCUUUCCUGUCAAUGUGGAUAAGUAACACAGCAACUACAGCCAUGAUGGUCCCUAUUGUCCAGGCUGUUUUGAGCCAACUCAAUAAUACGGAGCAGGACCCGUCAAUUUUGGAGAAUACAGAAGGUCAAACAAAUCCAGGGUUGGAACUCGAGGAAAAAAAUUCUAUGGCAAUGACUUCAGUACAGGUUAUAACCAAUGGAUAUGUGCAAGAAGUGCCGAGAACUGUUACGGAGAAAGAGGAGACAAAGCGUAUCAAUAAAGGAAUGAUGCUGAGUAUUUGCUACGCAGCAAGUAUUGGAGGAACGGCAACCCUCACUGGAACAGGGCCCAAUCUUGUUCUAAAGGGACAAUUCAGCCAGCUUUUUCCAAAUAAUGGAGAUAUCUUGAACUUCGCCUCGUGGUUUGGAUUUGCCUUUCCAAAUAUGCUUGUCAUGCUGUUCAUUGCUUGGAUGUGGUUACAGAUCUCUUUUUUGGGAUUUAACUUAAAGAAGACAUGGGGCUGUGGAGCUACGAGAUCAGAGAAGGAACAAGCUGCAUAUAACAUAAUUCGCGAGGAACACCGCAAGCUGGGACCCAUUUCAUAUGCAGAGUCCAGUGUACUGUUUCUCUUCACUCUUCUGGUCAUCCUUUGGUUUACAAGAGAUCCUGGGUUUGUCAAAGGCUGGGCCACUGUGAUGUUCAAUAUGGAUAAUGUUGAGUAUGUGACAGAUGCCACAGUAGCUGUGUUCGUAGCGGUCCUCCUUUUUAUUUUGCCAGCUUCCAAACCUAAAUUUAGCUAUUCCAGUAGCAGUAACAGCUUUGACUUUGAUGAUCUGGAACAAGAACAGACGAUUACAUUUUGCUCUCCACCAUUAUUGACAUGGAAGGUAGUUCACAAGAAGAUGCCAUGGAGCAUUGUACUCCUUCUUGGUGGAGGUUUUGCCUUGGCCAAAGGAAGUGAUGCAUCUGGUCUGUCUUACUGGCUCGGGCAGCAAAUGACACCAUUACACUCCAUACCAGCUUGGUCCAUUGCAGUCAUCUUGUCACUGAUGAUUGCAGUCUUUACAGAAUGUGCCAGCAAUGUUGCCACGGCAACUCUCUUCUUGCCUAUCCUUGCAUCCAUGGCACAAUCCAUCCACGUAAAUCCUUUAUAUAUUAUGAUUCCCUGUACACUCAGCACGUCUUUUGCAUUCAUGCUUCCUGUGGCAACACCUCCAAAUGCCAUUGUAUUCUCAUACGGACAUCUUCGAGUGUCAGAUAUGGUGAAAACUGGUAUUGUGAUGAAUUUUAUUGGUGUUAUAUGUACUACAAUAGCCAUCAAUAGUUGGGGCCGUCCCAUGUUCAACUUGAACACUUUCCCUGCUUGGGCCAACAACACCGGUGGGAACUAAUAUCUAAAAAGAAGAUUCAAACUUGGAAACCAGUGAUUUAUUCACAACAUACGGAGGCAUAUUAUGGACAUGUUUAAUAUUUAAGGUCAUUAGUUUGCCAUAUUCCAGCUACAGAAGAGGAUCUUGAAGGACACAUCAUAGUGAACCAUUUCCAUCAGUCCUCUUUCAUGAAAAAUCGAGAACAACACUACAAAGACCCAAAAGUGCAGGAGCCAAACUACUGCUACGGAGAUGCCAUGACUCGACCACAAAAUGAACUUUGCUACGAGUUGACAUCCACUGGAAUGCAGCUGUCACUGAUUAUUUAAUAGGAAUCACCACAAAUAAUGUGUUCAUCUGUAUACUGUUACAUUGUACAUAAAUUGUUUAAAGGCCUUGGAUGUAUUGUUCAACCAAUAGUAUUUCCAUUAAUAGGAAAUGGAUAUUGGAUCUAUUUUUUAUCAAAUCAGGGAACUUUUAGAAUAACAUAUUAGUAACAAGGAGGGCACAAU